GCCCAGCCCCGUCGCGUCCUGUCGGGUCUGUACCCCCGCGUCCCACUCUGAGCGCUCCUCGCACCCUCCCCGCGCAGAGGCGCUUGCCGGUGUUCCCAGCGCAGCCAUGGCUCAGCACUUCUCCCUGGCCGCCUGCGACGUGGUCGGCUUCGACCUGGACCACACUCUGUGUCGCUACAAUCUGCCCGAGAGCGCCCCGCUCAUUUAUAAUAGCUUUGCUCAGUUCCUGGUCAAGGAGAAAGGAUAUGACAAGGAAUUGCUCACUGUGACUCCAGAACAUUGGGAUUUCUGUUGCAAGGGCUUGGCAUUGGAUCUGGAAGAGGGGAACUUCAUUAAACUUGCAGAUGAUGGCACCGUCCUCAGGGCAAGCCACGGCACCAAGAUGAUGGCGCCCGAGCAGCUGGCCGAGGAGUUUGGCAGGAAGGAGUGGAAGUACUUCAUGUCGGACAUCGGAAUGGCUUGCCGAUCCGGAAAAUAUUAUUUUUAUGAUAACUACUUUGACCUGCCAGGAGCUCUUUUGUGUGCCAGAGUGGUGGACUCUUUAACAAAGAACAAUGGUCAGAAAGCAUUUGAUUUUUGGAAGGAUAUAGUUGCCGGUAUACAACACAAUUACAGAAUGUCAGCUUUUAAGGAAAACUGUGGAAUAUAUUUUCCAGAAAUAAAGAGAGAUCCAGGCAGGUAUUUACACAGUUGUCCCGAAUCUGUAAAAAAGUGGCUUUGGCAGCUAAAGAAUGCUGGGAAAAUUCUUUUGUUAAUCACCAGUUCCCACAGUGAUUACUGUAGACUGCUCUGCCAACAUAUCCUUGGGAAUGAUUUUGCAGAUCUUUUUGACAUUGUGAUUACAAAUGCACUGAAGCCUGGUUUCUUCUCCCAUUUACCAAGUCAGAGACCUUUCCGGACACUUGAGAAUGAUGAAGAGCAGGAGGCACUGCCGUCUCUGGAUAAACCUGGCUGGUACUCCCAAGGGAACGCUGUCCACCUGUAUGAACUUCUGAAGAAAAUGACCGGCAAACCUGAACCCAAGGUUGUUUACUUUGGUGACAGCAUGCAUUCAGACAUUUUCCCAGCCCGCCAUUAUAGUAACUGGGAGACAGUCCUCAUCCUGGAAGAGCUCAGAGGGGACAGAAACGGGAAGCCUGAGGAAUCAGAGCCUCUAGAGAAGAAAGGAAAAUAUGAGGGACAGAAGGCAAAGCCUCUAAAUUCAUUAUCUAAAAAAUGGGGCUCGUUUUUCAUUGAUUCCAUUUCGGGACUGAAAAACACAGAAGACUCCUUGGUUUAUACAUGGUCUUGUAGGAGAAUCAGUACCUACAGCACUAUUGCAAUUCCAAGUAUUGAAGCAAUAGCAGAAUUACCCCUGGACUACAAGUUUACAAGAUUCUCUUCAAACAAUUCAAAAACGGCUGGCUACUAUCCAAACCCUCCAGUGGUUUUAUCAAAUGAUGAAACACUGACAAACAAAUAACUUUUCUUUACUGAAAAAUGAAGGGAAGAACCACAUAUGCAGCAAAUGUACUGUAAAAAUGUUAAUUUAAAACUGUAAAAUGCUUUAUAGGAACAAAUUCUUAAUGAAAAUUGACCAAGACAUUGAUAAUGUUUUUCCAUAGGUCACCUUUCUAUAUAGAUCAUCUUGGUGCCCAACAACUCUCAUUGUAUUAAAAUCUCAGUGUCUUAGACCUGAAAAGAACCAAACCUUAAUAUUUUUGUAUAACAAUAGUUCUGAGAUUAGAAUUCACCUGGGUAGUGUCUCUCUCUCUCUCUCUCUCUCUCUCUCUCCCUCCCUCCCUUACUCCCUCCCUCCCCCCUUACACCUGUGCCUAGACCAGUGGAUCUCAGAAAGUGUGGACCCAAACCACUAGCAUAGCAUCACCUGAGAACUUGAUAGAAAUGCAUUUUUGCAGGCCCCACCCCAGACCUACAGAGUAAGAAACUCUGAAAAGGGGACCCCGGAAUCUGCUUAAUGAUAGUGCUUCACACUAAUUUUGAGAACCACUGACUGGACCAUAACCUCCAGAGACUGGUUGAAUUGGUCUGGGGAUAUAGGUGAGCGUUGACAUCUUUUAUAUCCCCUGGACAAUGUAGCCAGAAUUGAGAACAGCUGAUCUACACCAGCUUUUUCAAUUUAUACCCAAGAACACGGAGUCCAGUGAGAUUAAAUGAUUUUUCCAAUCUAUUAGGCUUUAUGCUAUUCUUGUGUUUUCAAAACAAGGAAAUAAAAGAGACAUGAUUUCUUCUAAGACAACCAAUAUAGGAUAGAGAUGAUACCAGAAGCCAACCAACUAUUUCAACCUCCAAUGUUACCCAUUAGGGGUCCUCCUCCUCCCUAAGAAUGUUAAAGGCUAUUUAAUUCAUUUUCAUUCAAUUUAAAAUAUGUAUUCUCAAUGGGACUAAAUUGGUUCUUGGGGUGAAAAAAAAUACUACAUAAUGCAAUGGAUUAUAGCCUUCCAAAGCUAACCAUUACCCAAUAAAAUCUUACACCUUAGUAUUAAUUUUUCCCAUUAUGAGAAAUAUAAUUUAAAGUAAAAUUUAUUAAUUAAAUUUGAGUUAAAGUUUUCUCCUUAGGAUGGGAGGGUGAUAAUGAAAUAGAAAAGGUUGAGAAAAAACUGCUUUAAGAGCUUUCAUAGGUAUAUUACAAUCCAGGAUGUUCUAUGUAUAGUCAUAUUAGUAGCUAUUGGUUGCAAAAUGUUUAGAGCUAGAUAGUGUUUACAAUAUAAAUCCUGGCUCCUCUUUAUGUUAUCAUUUCACUCUGUUCAUCAUGGACCUUACCAGGAAACACACUGGUCACUAUCAUUAUUUUACCUGGACUAUAGCAGAGAACUUAACUAGCAUACUGAUAAAUGCAAUAAAAAGAUAGAUAUUUUGUUAAAAUUUUUAAGUGCUCAAAUAAUCCCAAAUAUGUUGUAGGGACAGGUGUCUCAGGGUAGGUAAACAGUUACUGAAAUUACUUCCUCAAAGUCAGUAGCUUUCUUUGAUAAUUACUAAUAAGUAUAAGGUAAUGUAUUUGGAAUUGAUUUCCAAAAUCUCAUUGGAAUAUAAUAAGUACACAUCAAAUUUAAGCCUAAAUGAUAGAUGCUGUCUCAUGUAUACUUUCAAUACACAUUUGAUUUCUUUUAAAAAUAGUUAUUUUUCCUUACACGUUAUUUUGUAAAUGGCAAAGAAUACAUAUUUAAAUGCUCAGAACUGCUACUGUUAAUAUGAAAAAUAAGAACCCCAAAAUAAGAAUUUAAUUGCACUUUUUUGCCCAUGGAGGAGUGGAAAAAAUUCACUCAAAUCAGAAAUUCUAGUCCUACUUUUACCAGUACCUACCUAAAGAAUCUGAACAAGUUACUACCUAAUUUAACCUCAGUUUCUCCCAUCUUGUCAAAGGAGGUUAGAGUUUAUUUCCAAGUUUCCUUCUACUUUUUUAACAGAGAUAGUGCUAAUAAUGUUGUUUUUCUGUUGGACUGUAAUUAGACUUUCCCAUUUUUAUUUCAUUAUUCUUAAAAAGUGCUAGUGUUUCUAAUUGGACAUAACGAUUAAUAAUAAUCAUCCAAAAAUGGCACUAUAAAAAUUAAAAAGAGGCUAUUAGAGGAAAAAAGAUAUAUAUUCGUUAAUAAAGUCAUGAAUAAGAAAACAGGAAAACUGUACAAAUAGGCAGGCUUACGUUUAAUGUUAGCCGACAGUCAAACAUUCAUCAUCUAAAAGAUACCUAAGAAUAACUGGCAAGGGAGCGGAGAUUUUCUUUGUUGGCCACUAUUGAGCUCAUCAGCAGAGGAAAGAUCUGAAGGCCACAGUGAUCAAACGGUUUGUCAGAAUUUGGAAUUUAGAAUAUUGAGGUAGUGGAAACUUCAAUUGAACUAUGAAUUACAAUCUGAAAGCAUCUACUUCUGAGUUUCUUAAACUCUAAAUCGAAAUCAAGUAUUAUUUCACCACCAACAUUCAAAUCCAACAAUUAUAUAUAUGAUAUAUAUAGAUACAUAUGUAUGUAUAUGUGCACGAAUACUUUUAGUGACCAUGUCUAAAAAAAUAAAUGAUUUUAUAUAAAAAAUAAGCAUAAAAUGGAAUGUCAGAUUGUCUGGAUAUAACAACUCUGAAUGAAUGUUAGAAUCACAUGGAUAGGGUUUUUUUUUUUAAUGUGAUGUCACAGUACCCCUUACCUCUUCUCAGGCUCUUAAUAACAAGGUUAUCGUAAGCAGUGGCUUCCAGAUUAGUGCAAGACUGGGAUAUAGUUGAGAAUUAACUCACCCACUGUGGUCCAGU